CCACUGACACAUUCAUGCAGCCUUCACUCUCCAAUUCUCACAGUUGUAUGUAGACAACCAUAAAUUACAUCAACCUCCAACUUGUUGCUUUUUUUAACCUAUGACUGAAAAUCCUACUCCAUUAUUGUCUAUCAAUAUCUUCCAAUUCUCAAGAAAAAACACCACGUGCCACCACUGAUAUUAUACUCCUUCAACCAUCACUCCUUCACAUUUCCCAGCAAAAAUUCCUGCAUUUUUCUAGUUCUACUUCAUUUUUUCUUGGCUUUGGUUUCCUGUUCAUUAAUUUCUCAAACAGGGAUUUCGAUAGUGUUUAUUGCUGUUUUAGUAUGUUCCACUUUGCCACCUUCUUGAAUUUUUCAUCUGGAAUUCUUCUUUCUUGAUGAUCUGAAUCUUGUAUCAGUGUUCUUUCAGCAUUUUCUUUGUGGGUUUUGGAGAAAAUGUCAUUUUCAUGAAGCUAUUCUGAGCCUCUAGUCUUGUUGAAAUAGUUGCAGAAACUAAGCAUCAAAACUCAUGGAAAUUUCAAUAAUCUUUAUGUUACUAUGUGUAUGUUGGAGUUUGCUGAUCUGGGAUACACAUGAGCUGCAAUCCUCCCAAACCCAAGUGCUUUUGCAGCUAAGAAAGCAAUUAGAGUACCCAAAACCAUUAGACUAUUGGCUGAAUCCUGGCAUUGAUCUCUGUUUUGCCUCUUCUCCACAAGUGAACAUCACGUGCUCGAACAAUUUCGUCACUGAGAUCAGGAUAUUUGGUGAUAAGCAGUCAAGGGAUGGUAAUUUUGAUGGAUUUCCAGUUCCUUACAAGACCCUGUCACAGAAUUUCUCAAUGGAUUCACUUGUAGCAACCUUGUCAAGGCUAAAUAGCUUAAGGGUUCUGAGUUUGGUGUCAUUGGGCAUUUGGGGUCCAAUUCCUGACAAGAUUCAUCGGCUGCAGUCUCUUGCACGCUUGGAUUUGAGUUGGAACUUUCUGUACGGCUCUGUUCCUCAGACACUUCCAAGAAUCAUGAACCUUCAGAUUCUUAAAUUGGAUGGGAAUUUCUUGAAUGGUACUCUCCCUGGUUGGUUUGAUUCGUUUUCUGAUCUUACAAGUUUAAGUCUUAGUAACAACAGGUUUACUGGUCCAUUACCAUCUUCUAUGCAAAGAUUUGCCUCGUUAACAGAUAUUAAUUUGUCCAACAAUGGAAUCUCUGGCAAGUUGCUGGAUCUCAGUAGCUUAUCGAGCUUGCGUUGGCUGGAUUUGAGCAACAAUAAGUUGGAUUCUGAGCUUCCGAAUAUGCCGAAUGGAGUUGUUGCAGUUUUACUUAGCAACAACUCUUUCUCUGGGAGAAUCCCUGAGCAAUACGGCAAGCUGAAUCAGCUUCAGCAACUUGACCUAUCGUUCAAUGCUCUUAAAGAAAUGGCCCCUGCUGGAAUUUUUGCAUUGCCUAGUAUCAGCUCACUUAACUUGGCAUCGAAUGAGUUGUCAGGGUCACUACCAAUGCGUUUGAGUUGCGGUAGUAAGCUUGAAACGGUCGAUAUCUCUAAUAAUAGGUUGAGAGGUCUCUUGCCGUCCUGCUUGAGCUCUAACGUGAGAAGUCGGGUCAUUAAGUUUGGUGGGAAUUGCUUGUCGAUCGAUCUAAGAAAUCAACAUCCAGAGGCAUAUUGUGUGGAGAACACCCAAGAGAAUAAGAAAUCUCGCCAAAAGAAUGUGUGGAUAUUAGUAGGUGUCAUUGGUGGAAUUGCUGUAGUUAUGGUGUUAUUGGCUUUUGGAUUUCUUGUAUUAUGUCGGCAAUAUUGUCCUCGAGGGGCAUCAGAGCAGCACUUACUGCACAAGGCGGUGCAAGAUAACUCUGCCACAGGGUUCACGGCUGAGAUUAUAACGAAUGCCAGGUAUAUUUCUGAUGCAGCAAAGUUAGGCUCGCAAGGCACUCCAGCUCAUCGCUCGUUUUCACUAGAUGAGUUAAAGGCAGCUACCAACAACUUCGACAAGUCGGCCUUGAUGGGUGAAGGGUCAACUGGAAAGAUAUACAAAGGAAGACUGGAAGAUGGGGUGCAGGUAGCAAUACGGUGCUUGACGGUGUCGAGAAGAUAUACAAUCCGGAAUCUGAAACUCAGACUGGAUUUGUUGGCUAAGCUUCGGCAUCCUCAUCUUGUCUGCUUCUUGGGGCACUGCAUUGAGAUUGAAAGAAAAGAUGUAUCUGGUGCUAACAAGGUCUAUCUUAUUUACGAAUAUGUACCAAACGGCAACUAUCGAGCUCAUCUUUCUGAAUCUAGUACAGAGAAGGUGCUCAAAUGGUCUGAUAGACUAGCCAUUCUAAUUGGAAUUGCCAAGGCCGUUCAUUUUCUGCACACUGGAAUUAUUCCGGGUUUUUACAGCAACCGGUUGAAGGCGAACAACAUCUUGCUAAAUGAGCAUCGGAUGGGAAAACUGAGUGACUAUGGAUUGUCAGUUGUAGCUCAAGAGGUCGACAGGGACAAAGAAGAAGAUGGUCUUAAAUCAUGGCAAAUGAAGAGCCUAGAGGAUGAUAUUUACAGCUUUGGGUUUAUAUUACUAGAGUCACUUAUCGGGCCUUCAGUUCAUGCAAGAAAGGAGUCGUUUCUGCUUAACGAAAUGGUUUCUUUAGGGAAUCCAGAUGGCCAGAAGCGAAUACUUGACACAAUGGUGCUGGCAUCUGCUUCUCAAGAAUCGCUUUCAAUCGUAGUAUCCCUAACAAUCAAUUGCAUUUCGCCCGAGUCGUCAACCCGUCCGUCCUUUGAAGACAUUCUUUGGAAUUUGCAGUAUGCAGCUCAAGUGCAGGCAACAGCAGAUGGUGAUCAGAGAUCUGGGAAAACAAUACGAUCCCCUUAACUUUUUUCUCAUCUGUAUCGAUAUGCAGCUGCGAAUACGGAAUCUUUUGCAUCUAGUCUUCGGAAUGUUAAAAUGGCCUGGACGCCUAGUCAACUGUAAAUCAUGUCUAUCUGCAUACGUCCAUGCUUAAAUCACACUAAGUAUGAUUUUUUGUUGUUGAAUUGUGUAUAUUAUUGAUAGAACAACCUAUCA